AUGGCGCACGAAUCGGAAUACGGCAGUGGAAAGAAGAUGGCGGAGGGAGUAAACGAUGCUGAGCGACUCAAGGAGAAGGCCAAUAAAUACUUUAAAGAUAAAGAUUAUGAAAAUGCAAUCAAGUACUACACAGAGGCCUUGGAGCUCAAUCCAUCCAACGCCAUCUACUACAGCAAUCGCAGUCUGGCAUACCUGCGCACCGAGUGCUACGGCUAUGCCUUGGCGGAUGCAACCAAGGCCCUGGAUAUUGACAAAAGUUACAUCAAGGGGUAUUACCGCCGUGCCACCUCUAACAUGGCACUGGGGAAGUUCAAAGCUGCAUUAAAGGACUAUGAGACGGUAGUGCGGGUUCGACCGAACGACAAAGACGCAAGAAUGAAGUAUCAGGAAUGUAACAAGAUUGUCAAACAGAAGGCCUUUGAGAGAGCCAUUGCCAGUGAUGAGAUCAAAAAGUCAGUUGUUGACUCUCUGGACAUUGAAAGCAUGACGAUCGAGGAUGACUACACAGGCCCCAAACUGGAAGAUGGAAAGGUCACAAUUAAGUUCAUGAAAGAAAUGAUGGAGUGGUUCAAAGAGCAGAAGAAACUGCACAGAAAAUGUGCAUAUCAGAUUUUGGUGCAAGUCAAAGAUGUUUUAUCCAAACUACCAAGUCUUGUUGAAGUUACACUAAAAGAGGCAGAAAAAAUAACCAUUUGUGGCGACACACACGGACAAUACUACGAUCUCCUCAACAUCUUCGAGUUGAACGGUCUCCCGACAGAGAGCAAUCCCUAUCUGUUCAACGGUGACUUUGUGGAUCGCGGCUCUUUCUCUGUGGAGGUCAUCCUCACCCUCUUUGGCUUCAAGCUGCUCUUCCCCGACAACUUCCACCUGCUUCGAGGUAACCACGAGACAGACAACAUGAACCAAAUGUAUGGCUUUGAGGGCGAGGUCAAGGCCAAAUACACCGCCCAGAUGUUCCAACUGUUCAGUGAGGUCUUCCAGUGGCUGCCGCUCGCGCAGUGCAUCAACAACAAAAUACUGGUAAUGCACGGGGGAUUGUUCAGUGAAGAUGGUGUCACGUUGGAAGACCUUCGGAAGAUUGACAGGAACAGACAACCACCAGACUCGGGUCCUAUGUGUGACCUUCUCUGGUCGGACCCCCAGCCUCAGAACGGACGAUCGAUCAGCAAGCGAGGGGUGAGCUGCCAGUUUGGGCCAGACGUGACAGAGCGCUUCCUGGAUCAGAACAAGCUGGACUACAUCAUCCGAAGUCACGAGGUCAAGGCUGAGGGUUACGAGGUCACUCACUCAGGGAAGUGCAUUACCGUCUUCUCAGCACCCAACUACUGUGACCAGAUGGGAAACAAAGGAGCUUUUAUCCACCUCAGGGGAUCUGAUCUCAAGCCAGAGUUCCACCAAUUCACUGCUGUGCCUCAUCCGAAUGUCAAACCCAUGGCGUAUGCCAACACGCUGAUGCAGUUGGGGAUGAUGUAAAUGCAGCACCGGUCUGUCAAGAUGACCUCCUGUCAGGCCUGGCGCAUCACACUUCAAUCCCUCAGUGCCCUUGAUUCCAUUUUUGGCCUAAGGGAUCCCGCUCCCUCUUUAGUGUGGCGUAGUUCAGAAGGGACGAGAUCGCUUAGACCUGCCCAGUCCAGAAGGUUAUCAGAUCAAACUGGAAAAUCCCCUUUUCCACAUUCUGCUCACCUCAUACACAAAUCCAGUAUCGCUGACGUGUCUCCCUGGAGCUGCUUGGUUUUUAACUAUUUGAUGUACUCGGCAGAUGGAAUCAAAUAUCUGGUCCGUACCAAAGAUCUGUAGUCAAAUGAUGAGUUACUCCGAGUGUCAUACUGUUACUGUGUGCGCACAUCUCAAACAGUGAAAGAGCGGCAUGUGCAUCAGUGGCUACAUCUACAGUAUGGCAUUUUUCUUAAUGUUGUAUUACUUUACAGGGAUAUGAAAACUAAAUACACACAUGAUCCCAGCUCACAAAGAGAGACUGACUCUGGGUUCACACCGAGGUGCUGUUUGCCAUUUGUGACGUAUUAGCUAGAACAGACGUGGUAGACGCUUAAUUUGCACUGUUUCCCACUGAGGAUGAUACUGCUGCUCCCCGUCUUUCCACCCCGGCAGCUCACACACUCUUCACUGUCCCAACCAGUUCUGGUGCUGGCCCAACAGACACCGCUCGAGUCUCCUAAAUGUGUUUGAUGACCUGUGACGUGUCACACUGACUUGUGGAGUCCUCCAAUACACAAAACGUCCAAAUGUAAAUUCUGUCAUUGUUGAAACGCACAGCUGCAUUGUCUAAUACCCCUCUACUUUUUAGGUAAAGAAAUACACUGAUGUGUAUGUAUAUAUACUGUAUCAUUUGAGAUUCCAUGUAAUGUUUGGAAAAAAAGGAAUAAUAAAAAAAAUCAAUCCAAUUA